GUAAAGCUUUAUGUUUUGUUAAUGAGAGAUAAAUGUUCCGUCUAAUGUCCUUUCAGGUUUGCUUCUUGGGUUUAACAUGCUUUGGAACAAAGGGUUUAAAUGUACCGCAGUGGUGCGGGGGCUUAUUCCCUGGGUUUUAAUGACCAACAUAAUGUUGGUCCUCUACUGCUUGAAAACAACGAACCAUGUGAACAUAAGGCCUACCCAAGAAGAGACCUGUCCCCUCAGCAUGGCAAAAACAAACCAAGCCAUCCUGAGUGAGAGCUCUAAACCCAAACAGAAAUGCUCUCCCAAAGUGAACAUCAUGUUCAUGAAGACUCAUAAAACCGCGAGCAGCACCAUCCUCAACAUCCUCUUCAGGUUUGGGGAAAAGCACAAGCUGAAGUUCGCCCUACCUGACAGACGUAAUGAUUUCUGCUACCCACAGCCUUUCCUGCGCUCCCAGGUUAAAGACUACAGACCAGGGCAGUGCUUCAACAUUGUCUGCAACCACAUGCGUUUCAACCAUCAAGAAGUGGCUAAACUUCUGCCUCCAGACGCUGUGUAUGUCACCAUCUUACGGGACCCAGUGGAUCUCUUUGAGUCCGCCUUCCAUUACUAUCACAGAGCUGUUCCUUUAACAUGGGGCAUCAGUGGGAAAAACAAACUGACUGAGUUUCUGAACAAUCCCGAGGCAUUCUACAGUCCAGAGGCUUUUAACUCAUUCUAUCUUAAAAACCUGCUGUUUUUUGACUUUGGUUUCAAUAACAACCUUGGAGUCAAUGAUCCUCGUAUCAUGGAGGGCAUUCAUUCCUUAUCCCAACGUUUUCAUUUGGUCCUCAUUGCUGAAUACUUUGAGGAAUCUUUGAUUCUGCUAAAGGAUUUACUUUGUUGGUCAAUGGAUGAUAUCCUGUAUUUCAAGCUCAACGCUCGCAGGACCUCAUCUGUGAAUCAUCUGGACCCAGAGAUGAGAGUCAAAGCCUUACAGUGGAACUGGGCUGACUGGAAACUCUAUGAACACUUUAAUGCUACUUUCUGGCAGAAAGUAGAGGCAUAUGGAAGAGAAAGAAUGGAACAAGAUGUAAAGGAGCUGAGGAGACGAAAUGCUGAGAUGAGGGCCAUCUGUGUUGAUGGUGGAGAUGCGGUUGAAGCCCAGAAGAUUAAGGACACACGUUUCCGGCCCUGGCAGCCCGUCGGAGAGAAAUCCAUCAUGGGGUACAACUUGAGGAAAGACAUUGAUCCUAAAUGGAAGACAAUAUGUGGAAAAAUGCUCACACCUGAAAUACAGUAUUUAUCAGACAUGGGUGUGAAUCUUUGGGUGACUAGACUAUGGGGUUGGUUGAAAGAUUCAAUUUUUUAAAUGUCUGUUUUCAUUUUUAUAAUUUAACUUUAUUUGAAUAUAUAUAUCAGGACAGAAUUUAACUCACUGAGGGAGUUGGAUGUCCUGUAAGCAACUUUUAAUAUUAUGUUUAGGAUUAAUACAAAAUGUCAGCUUUUGUUUGUCACUGAACUAAGGUUCAUUUCUCUAAACUAAGAUGGGACUUGCUAUCCUUUAAGAUAAUGGAAUAAAAAAA